AAUUAUUAUCUCCAGCAAUGCGAAAAAAAAAUUAUUGACCCAUCUACAAAAAAUAAAUGGCCCGAAUCACUUGAAUAUAUGCAGUGUAGAAUUGAAGAUAUAAUUAUUCCAGAUGGGUUUGCCAAUACAGCAUCGGGAUGUUUUGUUAUAAAUAAAGCACUAAAUGAGACAUUAGGAUAG